GACUCUGCCUUUCAAGACACUGAAUUAUGGUAGACGAUGUGUAGUUAUACACAACAACACAAUUGCCCAGAUUGGUCUUAAACUUCGUUGAUUGACUUAUCUUACGUUUGCCGGAAUAUUUAUAUUAUUACGCAUUCAGUCAAGGAAAAGUCGAAGCACGCAGGAACUUUGUGUGCUUCCCUGCAGUAGGCAAUAAACCAAGGAUAUUAUGUGCCCAAACCCUGGCAAGUGAAGCAGUGUUCAGACCCGUGACCCACUGGUUGAAAGUUAAUAGCCUAAACCAGUGAGCCGCAACUCCAGACAUCUCGUGAUUUUGUCAUAACCGACUUACGAUAAUCUUGUAUGCAUUGCUGCAUUUUUUUCGAUAAUUACAUUUCUGGAAAGUUCAAGGGAAUCUCAGAAAUCAUCGACGGAUUAAAUUCACUAGCCCCGGACUACCUUGGUUUCUGUCAGGAGUCAUAAUUUUACCUUUGGGCGGCUCUUGGAGCUCUUUUAUUUCAAAGUCGUUCUUAUAGAUUGUUCGGUGUAGAUAUGGGAGUUCAUCAGCUGAGUAAAGUUAUCGGUGACAAUGCACAAAAAGCGGUUAAAAGCUGCGAAAUGAAAUCAUAUUUUGGGAGGAAAGUGGCAAUUGACGCUUCUAUGUCUAUUUAUCAGUUUCUCAUCGCUGUUAGACAAGAAGGCAACACACUCACAAAUGCAGAAGGAGAGUCUACCAGCCAUUUAAUGGGCAUGUUUUACAGGACAAUAAGGAUGAUUGAAAAUGGAAUUAAACCUGUGUACGUUUUUGAAGGCAAACCUCCUUCAAUGAAGGCGGGAGAAUUAGCCAAACGUGCAGAUAGACGUGUUGAAUCAUCCAAGGAGUUGGCAAAAGCAGAAGCUGAAGAAGAUUUAGAAGCUAUUGAAAAGUUUUCCAAGCGUUUAGUCAAAGUUACACCAGCGCACAACGAAGAUUGCAGGCAACUUCUCAGCCUAAUGGGUGUCCCAUUUAUUAAUGCACCUGGAGAGGCGGAAGCGCAAUGUGCAGCAUUGGCAAAAUCUGGAAAGGUUUAUGCUGUCGGGACUGAAGAUAUGGAUGCAUUAGCAUUCGGUACUCCAGUUCUACUCCGACACUUAACAUUCAGCGAGGCCAGAAAGAUGGCCAUACAAGAAUUCAAUUUGGCAUCAGUUCUCGAAGGUCUUGGUUUAACUAUGGACCAGUUCAUAGAUUUAUGCAUAUUACUUGGGUGUGAUUAUGUUGACACUAUACGCGGCAUUGGUCCCAAGAAAGCAUUAGACUUGUUGCACAAACAUCAAUCGAUAGAUUGUGUUUUGAAAAACAUCGACAAGUCUAAGUAUCCUGUUCCAGAUGAUUGGCCAUACGAAGAUGCUAAAAAGCUUUUUUUGAAUCCGGAUGUCACAGAUCCUUCAACUAUUGAGCUGAAAUGGAAUGAACCGGAUGAAGAAGGUUUGGUAGAAUUUCUCUGUCAUAAACAUGGAUUUAAUGAAGAGCGUAUACGUAAUGGUGCGAAAAAGUUAUUAAAGGCUAAAAACACAACUACUCAAGGUCGAAUAGACAACUUCUUUACUAGCAUGCCAUCUAAAAAUAAUCCUUCAACUCCAACAGUCACUAAUAAAAAUAAUAAAAAGUCUUCAACCACUUCUUCAUCUGAUCGUAAACGUAAAAGCAAUACUGGUACACCGGGUGGAUAUAAGAAGCCAAAUGAAACUGAAACCGUACUCAACAAUCUUCUAGAUUUUUCUUAUCUCCAGUGCAUUUUUUUUUCUGUUUUUAAUUUCAGUUUGUAAUCUACCAGAUUGAUAUGUUAACGUAUGUGUCAUUAAAAAAGCUAUUUAGUGGUAAAGAAUCCUAAUCAUCAUUGGGUACUAUUUUUGCAUACAUUUGGUCCUUGUCCGAUU